AUGAAUGCGACACGCAGCUCCAUCCUGCUCGGCUUUAGGCCUUUCCAACAUGGCUCUCCCCUAAAAGUCCUCGACCAGAACAUCCUCUUUUCUCUAUAUAACUCCGCUCCCAGGCACUCACGGAUACUCUCCCGCUCUUUUUCCGCUUGUCCUCCACCGACCACCAUCACUGCUCGACCCUGCAACAUUCUAUUCGGCGAUUUUUCUGCACCUGAUACCCCUCUCCGUUUCGCUCGUCCAACUAUCUCCUCUCAAAUUCGUCGCUUUUCAGCGUGUCGCGCAUUGAAAGAGAGCCCAACUCCGGUCAUAAAGGUCCAAUCAAAAUCAAAGUCGGACGAUGAAGCUGAUGGAGAAGAGGAAGCUUUUGAGAAAAGUGAAAAGGCCGCUCAAGCAUCUCAGGUCAACUUGAGCGCAAGACUCUCGAAAGAAGGCGCUUCGGGAAAGUCCUCGGGUUUUGGUGAGAUAUGGCGACUCAUUAAAAUUGCCCGCCCAGAAUCGGGAACUCUUGUCUGGGCCUUCGUUUUCCUCCUCAUCUCUUCCGCCAUCACAAUGUCAAUACCAUUCUCGAUCGGGAAGAUCAUGGAUAUCGCAACUAAGGGACAAGCGAAAACCGAAGGUCCAGAUACCGAACUCAAGACCGACAUGCUCUUUGGUCUGAGCUUGACCACAUUCUACACUGCUCUACUAGCAAUUCUUGCCACGGGUGCGGCUGCCAACUAUGGGCGCAUUGUCAUCCUGCGAAUUGUGGGAGAACGCAUUGUUGCCAGGCUUCGAUCACGACUAUUUCGCCAGACCUACGUUCAGAAUGCGGAGUUCUUCGAUGCCAACCGCGUUGGAGACCUGAUUUCUCGCCUAAGUUCUGAUACCAUUAUUGUAGGCAAGUCCAUAACCCAGAAUCUUUCGGACGGGUUGCGUGCAUUUGUGAGUGGAGCAGCUGGGUUUGGUCUCAUGGCUUGGGUUUCAUUGAAAUUGACCGGCAUCUUGACUCUACUCUUUCCUCCUGUGGCUAUAGCAGCAUUUUUCUAUGGCCGUGCCAUUCGCAAUCUCAGCCGAAAGAUACAGAAGAAUCUGGGAACAUUGACCAAAAUUGCGGAAGAGCGACUGGGAAAUGUGCGCACCUCUCAGGCGUUCGCUGGAGAGAUAUUGGAAGUGCAUCGGUACAACACUCAAGUACGGAAAAUCUUCGAUCUUGGCAAGAAAGAAUCGUUGAUCAGUGCAACCUUCUUCUCAUCUACUGGUUUCAUGGGUAACAUGACCAUUCUGACCUUGCUUUACGUUGGAGGUGGUAUGGUAUCGAAUGGGACCAUCAGCAUUGGUGAACUCACCUCAUUUCUGAUGUACACUGCUUACGCUGGGUCAUCGUUAUUUGGGCUAUCCUCUUUCUACUCAGAGUUGAUGAAAGGUGUGGGUGCUGCUUCCCGCCUCUUUGAGCUCCAGGAUCGAGAACCCACGAUCAGCCCAACCAAGGGUCAAAAGGUGAUCUCGGCACGUGGUCCUAUCAAAUUUGAGAACUUGUCGUUCAGUUAUCCGACCAGACCUGCUGUUAACAUCUUCAAGAAUCUUGAUUUCGAGAUUCCUCAAGGAUCUAAUGUAGCCAUCGUUGGACCGUCGGGUGGAGGAAAGAGCACGAUUGCAUCGCUCAUCCUACGUUUCUACGUGCCCAACCAGGGGCGAAUACUGAUCAAUGGGAAGGACAUUUCAGAAAUGAAUGUCAAGUCGUUACGGCGAAAAAUUGGCAUAGUCUCGCAGGAGCCGGUCUUGUUUUCGGGAACAAUUGCCGAGAACAUUGCUUACGGACGGCCCCAUGCAACUCGGUCAGAGAUUCUGCGUGCGGCUCGGCGGGCAAAUUGUCAAUUUAUCAGUGACUUCCCGGAUGGGUUGGACACGUUUGUUGGAGCUCGAGGAGCACAACUGUCUGGAGGACAGAAGCAACGAAUCGCGAUUGCCCGAGCGCUGGUUAAACAACCGGACAUACUGAUACUCGACGAAGCUACAUCGGCGUUGGAUGCCGAAUCCGAAACACUGGUCAAUGAAGCACUGGGUCAGUUGCUCAAGGCAAGUAACACAACAAUAUCGAUAGCACAUCGUCUCUCGACCAUCAAGCGAUCGGACACAAUUAUUUGUCUAAGCAGCGAUGGUCGAGUUGCUGAGAUGGGAUCUUUCAAAGAACUCAGCAGCCGACCAGACGGAGCAUUCACCAAACUCAUGGAAUGGCAGAUGAGUGGUGGUGAGACAGAAAAAUCCAAGGUUAAUGACCUUGCGAUUAAUGCAGAUCGCAGCGGUCCACCAUCGGAGAAAGAUGACAUUGAAGCCGACUUGGAAGCAUCGGAUGAGGAAGAGAGUGAGGAGAUCAAAAGCAGCAAAGCAGAAGAAACAGUCAGCCAAGUGGUGGAACCAAAGACGCCGUGA